AUGAGUGUCAACCGCUACAACUUCAAAGCGCUGAGCUCCCUUUUGAAGGACAAAACGCCGCAGCACUUUAACAUCCUGCCGCAUACCAGCAUCAAGUGCGUAGUCCAUCCGGCUGUAAUAUUCACAAUUUUGGAUGCUUACCUGAGAAGAGAUGAAGACCAAACACAUGUCAUUGGAACCCUCAUGGGGUGCGUCAUCGACGCGAACCUCAUCGAAAUUUCGGAUUGCUUCGUCGAUAAGCAUUCCCUCAAUGAAGGAGGAUUCCUCCAAAUCAUUAAGGACCACCACGAAACGAUGUAUGAGCUGAAGCAGAAGAUUCGUCCCAGAGAUCAGGUAGUCGGUUGGUUCUGCUCCGGUUCCGAGUUAUCCGAGCUCUCCUGCGCUGUGCAUGGCUGGUUUAAAGAGCACAACUCCAUUUCGAAGUUCUACCCCCACUCCCCCCUAAACGAACCGAUACACCUGUUAGUGGACGCUGCACUAGAAAGUGGCUUCCUUAACAUCAAGGCCUACGUACAACUACCCAUCACGCUGGUAAAGGAAUACUUUGUGCACUUUCACGAAAUACAAGCGGAGUUACUCCCCAGUAAUGUUGAAAGAGCAGAGGUGUUGCAGUACCAAGAGAAAGGCUUAACUGGCAAGGACAAAGACAGCCAUAUGCAUGGCAACAAAAAUAGUGUCCUUCCAAACGAUAUGAAUGAAAUGUCAUUAAAAAAAUUAUUAAUUAUGUUAAAGCAGUGCAAAUCGUAUGUACAGGAUGUUAUCGAUAAAAAGAAGAAGGGGAACCUAGAGGUUGGUAGAUACCUACAUAAGGUCUUCUCCAAUGAUUCUUUUUCGACUUUGGAAAAAUUUGACUCAAUAAAUGAAAGCAUCUUGCAAGACAAUUUGAUGAUUUCAUAUCUAUCGAAUCUUGCUCAUUUGCAGUUCCUCAUAGCUGAAAAGUUAAACGCAUCAUCAUUGCAGUGA